AUGAUGAACGUAUCUCCUAAAGUGUACUCGGUGGCUCGAGUAUACGCAGAUGUCAACAAACACAAAUCAAAAGACUACUGGGACUACGAGUCCCACACGAUUGAGUGGGGCAACACCAAGAACUAUGAGAUUGUCUCCAAGAUCGGAAGGGGCAAAUACUCCGAGGUGUUUGAAGGCGUGAAUGUGAUCAACGACGAGCCGUGUGUAAUCAAGGUCUUGAAACCGGUGAAGAUGAAGAAAAUCUACAGAGAGGUGAAGAUCUUGAAGAAUCUCACAGGUGGCCCCAACGUGGUUGGUCUCUUGGACAUUGUCAGGGACCAACACCUGAAGAUCCCAGCAUUGGUAUUCGAAAGCAUCAACAACGUUGACUUCAGAAUCUUGUACAACAAGUUCACCGUGGCCGAUAUCCAAUACUACUUCACGCAGCUCCUCAUUGCCUUGGACUACUCUCAUUCUAUGGGGAUCAUCCACAGAGAUGUGAAACCUCAAAAUAUCAUGAUCGAUCCACAAACUAAAACAUUGAGGCUCAUUGACUGGGGGCUUGCAGAGUUCUACCACGCCGGUGUCGACUAUAAUGUUAGAGUCGCCUCCAGGUACCAUAAGGGCCCUGAGUUGCUCAUAAACUUGCAGCAGUACGACUACUCGUUGGAUUUGUGGUCUGUGGGCUGUAUGCUUGCUGCCAUUAUUUUUAAGAAAGAGCCCUUCUUCCGUGGUGAUUCCAACAAUGACCAAUUGGUCCAGAUCGCCAAAGUGUUGGGUACGAAACAGCUCAUGGCAUAUGUGGACAAGUAUGGCAUCAAAUUGAGUGCCGAGUACGAUGGUAUCUUAGGAAACUACCCACGCAAGCCGUGGUCUGCAUUUGUGAAUAGGGAGAACCAGCAUUUGGUGCUGAACGAGGUUGUGGACUUAAUUGACAAAUUGUUGACGUAUGAUCACCAGUUGAGGCCAACUGCCAAGGAGACAAUGGCACACCCAUUUUUCUCCCUCCAAACAUGA